UCGCUUAAUAAUAUUCGGGGCAUAAUGAGCACAUUCAGGCAGUUGUACAAUCUUUCUGCUGGCAUGGGCCGGCGGGCGCUACAAGUUGCUACACGAAUAGCACAAAAUGGGGCACGCACGCACAGUCACUUCCAGUUUCAAGUGCAAUUUCCCACGAGACUGGCAUCCAGCACUACAGCUGUUCCUGUUUGGACCGGCACGAACAGAUGCACGUGCAGGGGGACGUCUCGAUUCCACAGCAGCAACAGCAGCAAACCAGCCAAAGAUGCAGGCGAAAACAAGGCCACUAACAGCAUACCGCUGGGCGAGCUGCAAACGAAAAUUCAGCUCAUUUACACCUGCAAGAUCUGCCAGACGCGCAACAUGAAGACCAUUUCAAAGGUGGCUUAUCAGCGUGGCGUCGUCAUCGUAACGUGCGAGGGCUGUGCCAAUCAUCACCUGAUAGCCGACAAUCUGAAUUGGUUCACGGAUCUGAACGGCAAGCGCAACAUCGAGGAGAUUCUGGCCGAAAGGGGCGAGAAGGUGAUCAAAAUGGUGGACGGAAACUGCGAAUUUCUGCCCGAACACAAUAAACCGAAGCCGAAUCCUUAACUGUACACAAAUGCAA